AUGGAAUUUUUUGGACUAACAUUAUAUGGUCCACAAAACUACUUUAAAGAUGUAAUGCGGGAGGAUUAUAAAGAACCCAUGGUUAAAACAGAAGUCGCACCUAUCAUAGAAAAAGUAAUAGCGAAGUCAACAUGUCCAAAGGAGUGCGAUAGACCCGAUCACAACAUUAUAAGAAUUAUAGACUGUUAUAUGGGCAGAGUUAAUGGAUUCGCUUAUGGUUCGAUACAAAGGUUCAUUAAAAUGAAACGGAAAGGUGUUAUAAAACCCGUAGGUCCAGUGGAUCAGUACAGACUUCCACCUGCUACGUCUAAUGAGUACGGCUGGUUUCUUUGUGACACUGCUUUAGAAGGAAAAGAUUGGUACGUCACGAGCCCUAGGCACCCACAACCCUCAUCACCUAACACGUUGAUUUUGGAUAAAGUUAAGAAAAAUAAUAAAUAUGCGACCUUAUUUUAAUUAAAGUUUUAUUUUCAUUA